AUGGCAGUGGUGGAGCGCAUGCUCCAGUGGGCCGAAACUCGCCUUCCGGCCAUCUCGGCUGUGUUUCUGCCAGGAAUCCUCAACUGGGGAGCAGACUUUCUCAGUCGGCAGGAUGUCCACAGCGGCGAAUGGUCUCUGCACCCUGAAGUGUUCCAGAACCUGGUAAACAGAUGGGGUCUGCCAGAUGUAGACCUGAUGGACUCGCGUCACAAUCACAAGGUCCAAAUCUAUAGAUCCAGGACCAAAGAUCCGCAGGCAGCUUUCGUGGACAUUUUAGCAGUACGGUGGACCUUCCUUCAGAGAUACCUGUUUUCUCCAGUAUCGCUGUUACCCAGAUUUCUUCGCAAGUUUAAAGAGGAAGGAGGCCCCAUUAUACUGAUUACUCUGUAUGGCCCAGGCACCAUUGAUGAACACACAAGCAGGAAUAUCUCAGAAGGACAUCUAAUGUUAUCCCUGGAUUGUGACAUAAAAGAUAAUGACCGUAGACAGGAUUCUCCAGGAGAUAAUCCCAUUACCCCAAUUAUACAUCCAGCUCUAUCAGCUGAUCCUUCUGAUCCUGGGAAAUGUUCUCCUGAUCACUCUGAUAUUGGUGCGUCUGUUACAGCUCUGAGAGUAGAUACAGAGUUUCCCUGGUCUAUAGAUACCAAAUGUUUUACACAGAACACAAACCGUAUUACUCAUCAGCCAGCUAAGGCAGGUGAGAGGCCAUUUCCAUGUUCUGAGUGUGGGAAAUGUUUUACAUAUAAAUCAGAUCUUGUUAGACAUCAGAGACGUCACACAGGUGAGAAACCAUUUCCUUGUUCUGAGUGUGGGAAAUGUUUUACACAGAAAUCAGCUCUUGUUACACAUCAGAGACGUCACACAGAUGAGAAGCCGUAUUCCUGUUCUGAGUGUGGGAAAUGUUUUGCACGGAAAUCAGCUCUUGUUAUACAUCAGAGAAGUCACACAGAUGAGAAGCCGUAUUCCUGUUCUGAGUGUGGGAAAUGUUUUGCACGGAAAUCAGCUCUUGUUAUACAUCAGAGAAGUCACACAGGUGAGAAGCCGUUUUCCUGUUCUGAGUGUGGGAAAUGUUUUGCACGGAAAUCAGAUCUUGUUACACAUCAGAGAAGUCACACAGGUGAGAAGCCGUAUUCCUGUUCUGAGUGUGGGAAAUGUUUUACACAGAAAUCACAUCUUGUUACACAUCAGAGAAGUCACACAGGUGAGAAGCCGUAUUCAUGUUCUGAGUGUGGGAAAUGUUUUGCACAUAAAUCAGAUCUUGUUAAACAUCAUAGAAGUCACACAGGUGAGAAGCCGUUUUCCUGUUCUGAGUGUGGGAAAUGUUUUGCAUAUAAAUCACAUUUUGUUUUUCAUCAACGUGCUCACACAGGUGAGAAGCCGUAUUUCUGUUCUGAGUGUGGGAAAUGUUUUGCAUAUAAAUCACAUUUUGUUUUUCAUCAACGUGCUCACACAGGUGAGAAGCCGUAUUCCUGUUCUGAGUGUGGGAAAUGUUUUUCAUUGAAAUCAAUUCUUGUUAGACAUCAGAGAAGUCACACAGGUGAGAAACUGUAUUCCUGUUCUGAGUGUGGGAAAUGUUUUGCACAGAAAUCAUAUCUUGUUACACAUCAGAGAAGUCACACAGGUGAGAAGCCGUAUUCCUGUUCUGAGUGUGGGAAAUGUUUUGCACAGAAAUCAGACUCUGCAAACUUUAUGGUGGAGGCUGUGAAGGAAAUUGGCCUGCUCAACACACAUGUUACGGCCAUGGCAGUGUCAGCACGUAGAGGCUUAUGGAUACGCCAAUGGACUGCGGAUGCGGAUUCCAGGAAAGGCAUGGAGGGCCUGCCCUUUACAGGUGAGGCCUUGUUCGGAGAUGAACUGAAUACGUGGAUAUCCAAGGCGACUGCGGGGGCCAUUCAUCUAUCAAGACUUACCACGACUACGUUUGACGGCAUGGAAGUUGAGCAUCAGAUUCUAGCCCGGAAAGUGAUCCCGUACAGCAUUUUUCCAACCCAGGAAGGAAGUAACGUCUUUGCAUUACCAUCUUAUUUGGAAAAUAUGUGUCUUGGUGUGAAUCCAAGCAGUUUCCCGCAGUGGAGUUUCAACUGUCCUUUCGGCCCAGUAGAUACCGAAGAGGACGAGGCUCUGCCUUCCAUGCUGCUAGAGGCAGGGAAAGAGGUAAAAGAAACCCAGGCUUCUCUGCCUCCCAAGAACAGAAGUCCUCCCCGGCUUCUGCCAAGUCCACCGCAUGACGCCGGGGCUCCCCUGCUGGAGUCCUCGCCGGUGGGGGCACGUCUCAAGCUCUUCAGCCAGGGGAAAUGUUUUGCAUGCAACUCAAAUCUUGCUACACAUCAGAGAAGUCACUCAGGUGAGAAUCCGUUUUCCUGUUCUGAGUGUGGGAAAUGUUUUGCAUUCAAAUCACAUUUUGUUACUCAUCAGCAUACUCACACAGGUGAGAAGCCGUAUUCCUGUUCUGAGUGUGGGAAAUGUUUUACACAGAAAUCAGCUCUUGUUAAACAUCAGAGAAGUCACACAGGUGAGAAGCCGUAUUCCUGUUCUGAGUGUGGUAUAUGUUUUGCACAGAAACCAAAUCUUGUUACACAUCAGAGAAGUCACACAGGUGAGAAGCCGUAUUCCUGUUCUGAGUGUGGUAUAUGUUUUGCACAGAAACCAAAUCUUGUUACACAUCAGAGAAGUCACACAGGUGAGAAGCCGUAUUUCUGUUCUGAGUGUGGGAAAUGUUUCGCAGUUAAAUCAGAACUUGUUACACAUCAGAGAAGUCACACAGGUGAGAAGCCGUUUUCCUGUUCUGAGUGUGGGAAAUGUUUUACACAGAAAUCAGCUCUUGUUACACAUCAGAGAAGUCACACAGGUGAGAAGCCGUAUUCCUGUUCUGAGUGUGGUAAAUGUUUUGCACAGAAACCAAAUCUUGUUAGACAUCAGAGAAGUCACACAGGUGAGAAGCCGUAUUUCUGUUCUGAGUGUGGGAAAUGUUUUACACAGAAAUCAGCUCUUGUUACACAUCAGAGAAGUCACACAGGUGAGAAGAUAUUUUCCUGUUCUGAGUGUGGUAAAUGUUUUGCACAGAAA